GCGCACGAGCAAAUAGGAUGAACUUGUCGUGUUACCUGCUUAAAAGCGCCGCCGUGACGUGGAAAGGCUAAGGAAGAAUACACCCUGAACUGGGAAGUUUGAAACGACAUUGGAGUAACAGUGCAGGACGAGUUUUCUGGACAAAUAAAAACGCGUGGACUUUGCGGAUAAGACGCUCCGGACACCCAGCGCGCAAGUUGUUGGAGAUGCGGAAACAGCUCUACAGAAGAUUAAAACCUGGAUUCUAACUAAAAUGCGAAUGUACCCGUGUCAUUAACAGCAUGCCUUGGUUUAAAAGAAGCGUCAAAAUGUUUCUACACGGAGUGACACCAACGCAUCCCCAACUUUUACGCUUGUCUUUAGGGCUAUCUUUUAUGCUAUGACUCGUUUUGUUGAUCCUCCAUUAGGGACAACUAACGACACUGGCACUAGAUUCUGUCAUCAUGUCCAAAGUGAUACAAAAGAAGCACCACUGGAUCCAUAAAGUGAACGAGUGCGCUGUUAUCAGAGACUCAUGUGGGGAGCUGAAUGUUGAACUCCGCGGGGGGGCAGAGAAUGGAGAGUUCCCGUACAUUGGUGAAGUUAGGGAGGAUGCUGUGCUGUACCAGGACGGUAAACUGUGUGAGGGGGAGCUUCUGCUGGAGGUGGAGGGGCUGUCCGUGGCCGGGUUACCCCUCUACGACAUCUACACUGUGAUGAAAUGCUGCAAAGAUCCCAUCAGGUUGAAAACUGUGCGUCAAGGUAACAAGCUGAACAAGGAUUUGAAGCACUACUUGAACCUGAGGUUUCAGAAGUCUUCCCCAGAUCAUGAGCUGCAGAAAAUCAUCCGAGCCAAUCUUUAUCGCCACGCUGUGCCUUGUACAACCCGGCCUCCUCGAGACGGUGAGGUCCCUGGGGUGGACUACAACUUCCUGUCUGUGGAGGACUUCCUGGAGCUUGAGGAGAACGGCACUCUUCUGGAAAUAGGAACAUAUGAAGGUAACUAUUAUGGGACCCCCAAGCCUCCGCGGCAGCCCAUCAUCGGGACAGUGAUCCUUGGUGCUCCUGACUCGCGACAGUCCACCCCAAAGCGCACCAAGUCCUACAAUGACAUGCAAAACGCCCGAGUAGUGCCUGCUGACGACGACGAUGACGACCAGGCCUCGGAAAUGAACAACAGUUUCACAGGAUCCUUAGUGCGUAGUCUCUUCCCCUCUCCUUUGCUGUGCACAGGUAACCCUAACGACCCGGACGAGAGCCGUGGUGGUAUCCUCCGGCCCUAUGCAGCACAUGCUCCCAUCGGUCUGAACAAUGCAGCCAUCUCCACAGCAGACAGCGGGCAGCAGACACUGGCUGAGCCGCAGGUCUCCCCUGACGACCCACUGGGACCACUGCCCGAGAAUUGGGAGAUGGCCUACACUGAGAAUGGAGAGCUGUACUUCAUAGACAGCACAGCAGAGGUGCCCCACACGGUGAUGGCUGUGUGUUCACAGGGCCUCCACAACACAAAGACCACGUCAUGGCUGGAUCCCCGGUGCCGAGACAAAGGCUCCCGACCUCUGGAGGAGUGUGAUGACGAUGAAGAAGGGAUACAUACGGAGGACCUGGAGAGUGAUUUAGAAUUGCCUCCAGGAUGGGAGAGGAUAGAUGAUCCAGUGUAUGGUGUAUAUUAUGUAGACCAUAUCAACAGGAAGACGCAGUAUGAGAACCCGGUGGUGGAGGCGCGGCGCCGCAAAAUCCUGGAGCAGCAGCAGCCGCAGCCUCCUGAAGGUGAGCGGUAUAUUCGAGAAUGGAUAGAGGAGCACUCCUCAGCUGCUGCUCCUCUGGCCAACUAUGCUCCUAAUCACCUGGAGACUUACAGGGACCCACAAGUCCUACCCACUCUACCUCCAGGCCCCACUGGAGCCAAACGAGGGAAGCCUUUCUUCACCAGAAACCCAGCCGAGCUCAAAGGAACCUUCAUCAACACAAAGUUAAAGAAGAGCAGACGUGGCUUUGGCUUUACUGUGGUCGGCGGAGAUGAGCCCGAUGAGUUCCUCCAGAUCAAGAGUCUGGUGCUGGAUGGACCUGCAGCUGUAGAUGGGAAGAUGGAGACAGGUGACGUCAUAGUGAGUGUGAAUGACACCAUUGUAUUAGGAUACACGCAUGCUCAGGUGGUCAAGAUCUUCCAGUCCAUCCCCAUUGGUUCCAUGGUGGACCUAGCCUUAUGUCGUGGCUACCCACUGCCAUUUGACCCCGACGACCCCAACACCAGCCUGGUGACCUCGGUGGCCAUCUUGGACAAGGAGCCAAUCAUUGUGAAUGGACAGGAGACUUUUGAACCACCUAACCAGGUGGGACCAGUGAACGGAAUGAGAGAGCCAAGACCACACAGUCCCUCUGCAGAUGUGGCAUCAAAUGGGUCCCAUGGUUACUCCAGCGAUGUGGUUACUCUGGCCUCGUCUAUAGCCACGCAGCCUGAGCUUAUAACUAUCCACAUGGAGAAGGGAGACAAGGGUUUUGGCUUUACCAUCGCAGACAGUCUAACAGGCGGAGGUCAAAGGGUGAAGCAGAUUGUGGACUACCCUCGCUGCAGAGGCUUGAAAGAAGGAGACAUUCUGAUGGAGGUCAACAAGAGGAACGUCCAAAACAUGAGCCACAACCAAGUGGUGGACCUGCUGAGCAAAUGUCCCAGAGGAAGUGAAGUGACCAUGCUGGUGCAAAGAGGAGUGGUGCCAGCCAAGAGGAGUCCGAAGCUGGUGCACCAGUUAGAGAGGAAGGACAGUCAGAACAGCUCCCAGCACAGUGUCUGCAGCCAUCGCAGCACCCACACGGAUUCACCCAGCCACCCGCUGCCCUCUGCCAUGCCCGGUGAGGUGGUGGCCCAGCCCCCAGCCGCACCCACACAACCUCUGCCCGGACUGCCCCCUCUCCAAGAUCCCAACACCGAUGGCACCCUCACGCUGCAGAAGAAACCCGAUCCUUUCAAGAUCUGGGCCCAGUCCAGGAGCAUGUAUGAGAGCAGAUUGCCGGAUUGUCAGGAGCAGGACAUUUUCCUCUGGCGCAAAGACACUGGAUUUGGUUUCCGUAUACUGGGCGGGAAUGAGCCUGGUGAACCGAUCUACAUUGGCCACAUAGUGAAGUAUGGUGCAGCAGAUGAAGAUGGGCGGCUCAGAUCUGGGGAUGAGCUGAUCUGUGUGGACGGCACUGCGGUCGUGGGGAAGUCUCAUCAGCUUGUGGUACAGCUGAUGCAGCAGGCCGCCAAGCAGGGCCACGUCAACCUCACUGUGAGGCGCAAGACGGCCGGAUACGGAGUGUCCAAAGGAGAAGGAGAUGUCCCACCUUCUCCAGCCUCUUCCCACCACAGCAGCACCCAGGCACCCAGUCUGACCGAGGGCAAGCGUACUCCACAGGGCAGUCAGAACUCACUGAACACAGUGAGCUCGGGUAGCGGCUCCACCAGCGGCAUUGGCAGCGGGGGCGGAGGAGGCAGUGGGAGUGCUGUGGUCCCAGCCAGCCUCCAGCCCUACGAUGUGGAGAUCCAGAGAGGAGAGAACGAAGGGUUUGGGUUCGUCAUCGUGUCCUCUGUCUCCAGACCGGACGCGGGCACAACAUUCACUGGAAAUGCCUGCGUGGCCAUGCCCCACAAAAUAGGGCGUAUCAUUGAGGGCAGCCCAGCGGACCGCUGUGGGAAGUUGAAGGUGGGAGACCGUAUUUUGGCAGUUAAUGGCUGCUCCAUCACCAACAAGUCGCACUCAGACAUCGUCAACCUGAUCAAAGAGGCGGGGAACACGGUGUCUCUCAGGAUCAUCCCCGGUGAUGAAUCUUCCAAUGCUUCUCUGCUGACAAAUGCUGAGAAGAUCGCUACCAUCACCACAACGCACACACCUCAGUCCGAGUCCAGGAAUAACUCAAAGUCUAAAGGGGCCCCACCUCCUCCACCAACACAGAAUCAGGAUGCUGAGUUCUACUCUGUGGACCUGGAGAGAGACAGCAAAGGCUUUGGGUUCAGUCUGAGAGGAGGACGAGAGUACAACAUGGACCUGUAUGUCCUCAGACUGGCAGAAGAUGGCGCUGCAGUCAGGAAUGGGAAAAUGAGGGUGGGGGACGAGAUCCUGGAGAUAAACGGAGAGAGCACAAAGAAUAUGAAGCAUUCUCGGGCGAUCGAGCUGAUCAAGAAUGGAGGUCGAAGGGCACGGCUUGUCCUGAAGCGGGGCGAUGGAUCUGUACCUGAAUAUGACGGCAGCAGUGACGGGUACCCUGCCACACCCGGGGCACAAAACUCUCCGGAAGUGAGGACGCUGCCCAACAGCCGAUACCACACCUCAUCGGAGUCCAGUUAUCCACCCGAACUUCACAAACCAUCACGGCAGGACGAGGCUGUGCGCGGCCGAACCAAGACCCGGGACAGGGACAGGGCUGGGACCGACCAGAUAUUGGACUACCAAGGUCAGCAAUUUAACCCCCACCUCCAUCACACCUGGAACAACAACCACAGUCAAAGCACCCCCAGAAACCAGUCUCCCGCAGACAGUAACGGCAGCAGUGGUGGUAACAAGAAGGGCAAAGGACGCAAGGUGAAGAAGUCUGAGUCUGAGAGCGGCAUCUCAAAGCUCCUAAAGACUUUGCGGAAGGACAGUUCGGGGAAGAAAGCGGAAAAACAAAGAGGGAAAGAGACGAGUACCAGCAGCUCCACUUUGGACGGCAGGUUUAGAGUUCAGCGCCGCGGUUCUCUUGAUCGAUCACCCACACAAAAACGUGGUGCAUCUCCAGACCGCCGACGCGCCAAGUCCAUGGAUCGGAGGGUAGAGCGGGCACAGCGAGACCGAACGCCAGAGAGAGAGAUCGAUGAUGGAGGAUUCCUUGCUGUAACGCCAGAAAGGAAACUUAGCGAGAGGCGUGUUAUGAAGGACUGUGCAACACCAGGUAGAAUGAGUGUGAGAUCAAACAACAACUCUGAUUCUCUGUCGUACACAAGGGGGCGCACUCUUGACCGCCCCACUAAGAAUGGCAACCUGCUGAGAGACUCCUCCUCUGAGAGAUACAGAAUGAAUGGGACGCCAGAGCGGAGAUACCGUGACUCUUCCCCCGAUAGCACCUACAGCCGCGAGGAGCUCAACUAUGGAGCAGCAGCGCCCCCUAGGCUCAAGGACUAUUACAGUAUGAUGAAGAACAACGCGGCUCAGUACAACCUACCUGCCUACAACAACGCGGGCCACAAUAAUAACAGUGCAACAGUGGGUCGUGGCUCCAACCAGCUCCCCGAACCCAAGCGCCGCGUGUACAAGGAGAGCCCCAAAGACCUGAGCAUUUAGCGCCUCCUGUCUUUCUGUACAAUACACUGGAAAUGGACUUCACAGGAUCUUAUAAGUCUUGUGCUAUUUGGUUGACUGAUUUAUUAAUAAUUGAUUGAUUUUUGAUUUUAUUGUGAUCUCCCCCAUUACAGAGAUUCAUAAAACAGCAAAAGUACAAUCCUAUCUGUCCACACUGGUUGUUUUUCGUCAUUGUUCCUAGUUAUUUUUUAUCAGAGUUCUUGUACUAUAGUAAUGUUAUUGUUAUGUGCCUGCAUAUGAAAUCAGUGAUAUUGCUUUUUGUAGGCAUUUGCUGAAUCUAUGAAUAGUUGUUCCCUCCGAGGCCUAAAAAUGCUUCCAGUUGUGGUCAUUUUUAUAAUUAUGAAGUUUGUUUUCCCCACUUCAGACUUGCUUUACUGAACAAAACUAUAGCACAAGACACUGUUGGUUCACAAAGACUGUGAAAUUUACGUGUAUGUACCAUGGUUAUGAAAGAAAUAAUAUAUGACAAUUAUGGGGAUUUUGUCACUAUUUAUUGUUCAUUUGGCACAUAUAUUUUGAGCUCAUUAAAAGUUUCAGGAUGGUAGGAACACACACUGUACCUGGGGAAGAAAGCUGGACUCUUUGAAAUGGCAGCUCACUGUAUGCCUCUACACAACUGCUGCUCAAGCUUGAAAAAUAAUGUGUAAAAACAUUGGCUAAAUUUAAUCCUUUCCCUCUUUUCAAAACUGAAUAUCCCUUUUAUUCUAGCCAAAUAGAUGUACUUUUAACUUCAAGGCUAAAGAAAAACUUUUAGGCAGAUAAACACUAUUGGUCCUAAUUAGUUACUCAUCAAGUAUACUGAGAUAUUUGAGCCAAGACUGCAUUGUGCCAGAGAACCAGCUCCAACGCUGCCAUAAAGAAAGAUUUUACCUUGUAUGCCAAAAAGACAUGUAAAUUUCCCUGCACAAAAUGUACACUGUCCCUCAUCAAACAUAACAUUUUGACCACCACAGAAUAGAACACAGGGAGGGUUGAAGAUACAUCUAUCAACAUUUGGGCAGGUUUGACAAUAGUAAUGGAAAUUAUGUUGGCUACAAAUAUAUCAAAGCAUCUCAAAAACUCAUCUAUUGCUAAGUGUUUCCAGUCUACAGUGGUCUAUAUCAAUCAAAACAACGAGGUGGUAAUGUGAGUUCUCUGGAGGGCAAAGACUUGACUGAAUACACCAUAGAUAGUGAUUUAAGUUUAGUACACACAAUUGCUUAGGAAGGUGGUCAUAAUGUUAUGCUUUACUGAUGCACGUUGUACCCCAAAAAAUGAUUUGACUGCUCUGUUCCCUUGUGUUUGACUGGUGCACUGACUCGGAGGUCUCGAGCUGCUGUGGUUUUGGUAACAUGGGACGGUCCCGCUACAAGAGUUUGACCAAUCUGCUGCGCUGAGCCAUGCCGUCACUCCCCUCCCAGUCUGAUUGCUGCUUGUACAACAUGUUUUUAUGUGUAUUUCUCUUUGUUUUAUGUCUCAUCCAAAAUAUAUUGAGUAAAAUCACAUAUGCAUUGUUUGAUCACUGUCGUCACCAUGGUACUGUAUUGAAAAAAAUGUGGAAAAAAAGUUUGUUGGCCAUCACCUGUAAAGAAUUUUUCCAAUGUUAUUAUUAUUAGGAAGGAAUUUUAAAAAUGUUGCCUUUUCUUGUACAAAAGAGAAAUUUAUGGAGAGAGCCUCAGCAGUGGGGAAUGUGCUAUUGUGUUGGACCUGAUAAUGAUUUAUUGGAAAUAUAUUAAUUUUACUCUUGGAUCAGGUAUGUAAAGAUUAUUGAGAGACUGUAUUGGUUGAAUCUGCUCAGUUUGUUUGGUCUGAAAUCUCGAUGGUUAUAGCCUGCCUUUGUAUUAUAAAGCACUUGUAUGCAGUCUGUGUUUCUUCAAAAAGCAUUAUUUCUUGCAACGUGCUCUGGACAUAAUUCUGUCUGUGUGUUGAUAAAAAUCAGUACAUGUAUAUUAUUAUUAUUAUGGGCCAAUCUUUUUAUAAAACUAUGCAUAUAUAAAUAUCACAUUGUUCAUAGCUUUAUUUGACCCAUGAAGCUAAAAACAUAACAUUAGUCGAAGUACAAGUAGAUGUGGACUUAUCCAGCUUCUUUCCUCCAGAUGGAUUACAAUGUAUAUGUAGCUAUCAAAAGAAGUCUGUGAAUGCUAUUUUUAUUAUCAAAUAAAGUUUUCC